AUGACCCGCCGGCUGAGUAGCUCCACUCGUUCUCACACCGAGGACUCCAUCUUCCUGAGGCCCGACGAGGACCCCGUCUGGCUCGAUGAGCCCACAAAGGCUGAAAAAAUAGGCGACAGAGCCCCUAAAAAAGAUGGACUCCCAAAAUGUAAAGAUGGACCCACAGCGGGCCAAAGGCCGCAGGGAGAGGAAGUGUUUAUUCAUAAGGUCUACGCUCUGGUGAUCGAGAUCCACUGCUGGGCCGCCCUGUUUAUCGUCUCCCAAGUCACGGGGUACUGGGUGUUUUUCGUGGUGGAAGGAAAUGGACCGCUCUCCUCCAUCUACAAAGCCCUGCAGGUCAUCGACUUCUACCUUGGCUUCAUCUUACCCUGCCAGCCCAUUUUCGGAAUGGACUCCAUGGUGUUGAUGAGGGAGGUGGUGAACACCAAACAGCACAACUGGAUCGUCCACAGCACUGCAGGCAUCGGUGUGGCCAUCUGUGUAGUCAUGGUCAUCCACAUGGUGUGUAAGUGGCGUUACGGCACCGGCUUGUGGUCGUCAGGAUCAGGAACGGUGUCGAGGGAAGUUGGCGAUCGCCGUCAGUCGGUGAGCCGCCAGCCCUCCUUCACCCUGUCGGAGUGGACGGACGCCCAGGAGGAUCUGCUGGACCUGGACCCCGUGCCCCAGACCCCGGUGUUCGACAUCGGCACCGACACCAGGACGGAGGGAGACGCCGCCACCCUCACCGUCACUCCAGUGGGCCUUCAGGAGAGGAGAGGCUCCAACGUUUCUCUGACCUUGGACAUGUGCACGCCGGGCUGCACGGAGCCCUACGGCUACGGAGCCCAGCUCUCUCCCAGAGACCAGUCGGCCCAGGAGUACCUCCGACAGGGAACGCACACCCUGACCCCUGCCAUGCUCCACACAAGGGCCAUGGAUGACCAGAGCCUGCAGGCUGAGUUCUAUGAAACUCCCAUGAACUUUGUGGACCCCAAGGAGUACAAUUACCCCGGGCUGGUGAGAAAGAACCGCUACAAAACCAUUUUACCCAAUACGCACAGCCGAGUCGUCUUGCAGUCGCAGGAUGAAGAUGAUUUUCUUACAACCUAUAUCAAUGCUAAUUAUCUCAAAGGUUAUGACGGCGAGGAGCGCGCCUACAUCGCCACCCAGGGUCCCACCGUCAACACAGUGGGAGACUUCUGGAGGAUGGUGUGGCAGGAGAGAUGCCCGAUCAUAGUGAUGAUCACCAACCUGGAGGAGAAGAACGAGAAAUGUGCCGAGUACUGGCCCGAGGACACUGUGACCCACGAGGGCAUCGAGAUCACCGUCGUCACGGUAACCCAGGAGGACGACUACAGUCUGAGGGUGUUUACUCUAAAGUGUGGGGACGAGGAGCGCAGCCUGCGGCAGUACUGGUACACCUCCUGGCCCGACCAGAAGACUCCAGACAAGGCUCCUCCCCUGCUGGAGCUCGUACAGGAAGUGGAAAGGGCCCGAGAGGAAGCCCCGCCCUCCAGUGGUCCUACAAUUGUCCACUGCAGUGCUGGAAUUGGUCGAACUGGCUGCUUCAUCGCCACCUCCAUCCUGUGCAAGCAGCUGAGGACUGAGGGUGUGGUCGACAUCCUGAGAACCACCUGCCAGCUCCGCCUGGACAGGGGUGGGAUGAUCCAGACGUGUGAGCAGUACCAGUUUGUGCAUCAUGUCCUCAGCCUGUACGAGAAGCAGCUGUCUCACAGUGCCGAGGAGUAGAGCGAGCGCAGCGCCCAGACCGAGACACACCACUGUACACUGUACCGCCUCUGUUGGUAUGCACCACUGUACCUAGCGUCAUCUCAAUCUCACCCUUUAACAAGCUCCAAACCAUCUCCUCAUCCACGGCAGGCUCGCUCAGACAGGACUGACAUGGGUGACAUGAAAUCUGUGCUUAUCGUAUGUCUUUGGGAUUUGAGAUAGCCCUCCCAAACAUCCUGAUCACACUCUUUAUUAGUCCACACAUUCCCGGAGAGGCCUGAAACGAUCCGAGCCCUGCACUCCCGGCGUCAUUUCAUUUGCACCGCUGAGGUUUCUGUCAGUCAUCAAGGCCUUGUUUUGCACUCGGUCUCAAGUAGUUCCCUCACAUACUGACUGUACAGUUAUCGAGAGGUUAAACUGGAACUGAGGUAUAAUCAACUCGCCUGCAGUGGUGUCAGUUUGCUGUAAGGAAAUUCAAGUUCAGUCUAACAGAGUUAGUGUUGAUACUAAGGGCCCUUUACAGUAUAAGUGCCAGCAUAAUUUAAAUCUACAGAGAUAAUCAAAUGCCAGCCUAAUAUUUAACACUAUAUUGAUAUAAAAAAGUUCACAUGAAAUAUAAGUUAACUAGCAUCUAGCCUUUUUUCUCACUGACUCUCACUUUUAAUGUAAAAAAAUAAAAUAAAAAUAAAAAACUCAUUACAGAAGGCCUGUUUCGACUUCAGGAGUCACCUCAUCUUCAGGUUGCAUGGUGCUAAGUGUUCAUUAAAGGCAUGUGCAAUGUUAUGGAACAUAGGAAUGUAUAACAAUUAGGUUAUUAAUUAA